AUGGAUGAGCUCGCUGGAGGCGGUGGUGGCGGUCCGGGGAUGGCGGCACCUCCCCGGCAGCAGCAGGGACCCGGGGGAAACAUGAACCUUUCGCCGGGGGGGAAUGGAGCGGUGGGCGGCGGAGGUCCUCCAGCCGCUGAGGGAGUGGGCCCCGCGGCAGGCCCCGAGCUGUCCCGGCCGCAGCAGUACACUAUCCCAGGGAUACUGCACUACAUCCAGCACGAGUGGGCUCGGUUCGAGAUGGAGCGGGCGCACUGGGAGGUGGAGCGGGCCGAACUGCAGGCCCGGAUAGCAUUCUUGCAAGGAGAAAGAAAAGGUCAAGAAAACUUGAAGAAGGAUUUAGUAAGAAGAAUAAAAAUGUUAGAAUAUGCAUUAAAACAAGAAAGGGCAAAAUACCACAAAUUAAAAUAUGGCACAGAAUUGAACCAAGGAGAUUUGAAAAUGCCAACCUUUGAAUCAGAUGAAACCAAAGAUACUGAGGCCCCCACAGCACCUCAGAAUAGCCAGCUAACCUGGAAGCAAGGCAGACAGCUGUUACGACAAUAUCUUCAGGAAGUAGGUUACACAGAUACAAUAUUAGAUGUACGGUCUCAGCGGGUAAGGUCAUUACUUGGACUAUCUAAUUCAGAGCCAAAUGGAUCAGUAGAAACGAAAAAUUUAGAACAGAUCCUGAAUGGAGGUGAAUCUCCUAAACCAAAAGGACAAGAAAUGAAAAGGCCUUCUGGUGAUGUUCUUGAGACAUUCAAUUUCUUAGAAAAUGCUGAUGACAGUGAUGAAGAUGAGGAAAAUGACAUGAUUGAAGGCAUCCCAGAAGGAAAAGACAAACAUCGGAUGAAUAAACACAAAAUAGGUAAUGAAGGUUUAGCUGCUGACCUCACAGAUGACCCUGAUACUGAAGAAGCAUUGAAAGAAUUUGAUUUUUUGGUGACUGCAGAAGAUGGUGAAGGAGCUGGAGAAGCACGGAGUUCAGGAGAUGGCACAGAAUGGGCUGAACCAAUAACGUUUCCAUCUGGAGGAGGCAAGUCAUUUAUUAUGGGUUCUGAUGAUGUUUUGUUAAGUGUACUGGGCCUUGGAGACCUUGCAGACUUGACGGUAACAAAUGAUGCAGACUAUAGUUAUGAUUUGCCUGCAAAUAAAGAUGCCUUUCGAAAGACAUGGAAUCCCAAAUACACCCUUCGUAGUCAUUUUGAUGGAGUACGAGCAUUAGCAUUUCAUCCCAUAGAACCUGUGCUGGUUACUGCCUCUGAGGACCAUACUUUGAAACUUUGGAACUUACAAAAAACAGUUCCUGCCAAAAAGAGUGCCUCUUUAGAUGUGGAGCCUAUCUACACAUUUAGGGCCCACAUUGGUCCUGUUUUGUCGUUAGCUAUUAGUUCUAAUGGUGAGCAGUGUUUUAGUGGUGGUAUUGAUGCAACCAUCCAGUGGUGGAAUAUGCCUAGCCCUAAUGUGGAUCCAUAUGAUACAUAUGAGCCAAAUGUUCUAGGUGGCACUUUAGUUGCUCAUACAGAUGCAGUCUGGGGUCUUGCUUAUAGUGGCAUAAAAAACCAAUUACUAUCCUGUUCAGCAGACGGCACUGUUAGGUUAUGGAAUCCACAGGAAAAAUUGCCAUGUGUUUGCACUUACAAUGGAGACAAGGAGCAUGGAAUACCUACAUCUGUUGACUUCAUAGGCUGUGAUCCAGCUCAUAUGGUAACCUCUUUCAACACUGGUAAUACAAUAAUUUAUGAUUUAGAAACAUCACAGACACUAGUGGUGCUUUCAUCCCAGGUAGAUUCUGGUUUACAAUCUAAUCAUCACAUUAACAGAGUUGUAAGUCAUCCCACACUUCCUGUUACAAUAACUGCUCAUGAAGACAGGCACAUCAAAUUUUUUGACAAUAAAACGGGUAAAAUGAUCCAUUCUAUGGUAGCUCAUUUGGAUGCUGUUACAAGUCUAGCCGUUGAUCCUAAUGGAAUCUAUUUGAUGUCUGGAAGCCAUGACUGUUCCAUUAGAUUAUGGAAUUUAGAUAGCAAGACGUGUGUGCAAGAAAUAACAGCACACAGGAAGAAAUUGGAUGAAUCAAUUUAUGAUGUUGCUUUCCAUCCAUCAAAAGCAUAUAUUGCAAGUGCAGGAGCUGAUGCCCUUGCCAAAGUAUUUGUGUGA